CCUGGGAGGUCAGUAUGGCAAGAUGGCGCUGCGUACAGCGAUUGGGUCUGUGUACCGGCGCGUCUGUCAGGGCUUGAGAAAUUUUUCUGUGAACAGUUUUGAGAGCAGUACAGCCAAAAAUGAUGGCUUUCUUCUCAGUACCAACAUGAAAUGGGUACAGUUUUCAAAUCUACACGUUGAUGUGCCUAAGGAUUUGACCAAACCUACGGUAACCAUUUCUGAUGAACCAGACACGUUAUAUAAGCGCCUGUCAGUUUUAGUAAAAGGCCAUGAUAAGGCUGUAUUGGACAGUUAUGAAUAUUUUGCUGUGCUUGCUGCUAAAGAACUUGGUAUCUCUAUUAAAGUACACGAACCUCCAAGGAAAAUAGAACGAUUUACUCUUCUCAAAUCAGUGCAUAUUUUCAAGAAGCACAGAGUUCAGUAUGAAAUGAGAACACUUUACAGAUGUUUAGAGUUAGAACACCUAACUGGAAGUACGGCAGAUGUUUACUUGGAAUAUAUUCAGCGAAACUUACCUGAGGGGGUUGCCAUGGAAGUAACAAAGACACGAUUAGAACAGUUACCAGAACACAUCAAAGAGCCAAUCUGGGAAACAGUAUCAGAGGAGAAAGAAGAAAACAAGUCAUAAAACUUCAGGGAGACACUUGUAUUAGUUUGAAAUGAGGGUGGGUGAGAUGUGUAUGUAUAAAUGGAGAGCGCUUGCAGCUGAGAUGAUUCUGAGUCCACCUAACUGCUGUGUUGAGUCCUCAUGCCCAAUCAGUUGACAGCAGAGAAUGAAACUUUAAUGAUAAACUGGACUAUGGUGAGAGAACCACUCUGUUCUUUUAUACAUGUCGUUGUUUCAGUUCUGGUUUUAACAGACAUGAGCCAACUAUUUUGACUAAUGUGAACCUUAAGUGUCAAGUUUUUGUCACGCUGCUGUUGUUCAAUUAUUAGUUUGUACCAAUUUUAAUUUAUAUCAGUUCAUUCCUCUAAAAAUGAAUGUUGGAAGUAUUCUUCACACACGCUGUUUUCUUUUGAGGUUCCUAGAAGGAACCUUUGGUUAAUUUUACACCGAGCAGUUAAAGUUUUUGAUAUUCACCUCAGUGCAGGCUGGCAUAUGCUAAUUUGAGGGUGGUAUCCAACAAAUUUUACCUCAUUUAAGCAUUACAUUUUUGAAAGUGAAUAUUCUUGGUGACAGAUCAAGCACAUUUGUGUCAUGCACUGAUCACUUCUUGUAGCCCAAACCCUUACAGGGCUGCCUACAAGGAUCACUGUAAUGGAAUUUAUGCUCUCAUGAAUUCCUGUAUUAUUUCAUUCAUCCUAUGAUUCAUUCAUUCAACAAGCUUUUAUUUCAUAAACUGUGCACCCAGCACUGUAGUUAAGUACCAAAAUUUGAGUAGAAAUAAUGGCUUUUGAAAAUCAUGCGAGACACAGAUAAACAUUUUUCCUUUUUAAGUUCCUCACUGGUAAGAAGGCCUCUUUUUUUUGGUAAAUGUCACUCUUUUUGUUUAGGGAUGUCUACUUUUCCAUGAAAUUAAAUAGCGGUUGAAGCCCUGAAAGAGUCAAGAUGACAGUGGGCUGAAACUGUUGGUACAGCAACCCCAGGAGAGUGUUUCAUUUCCUUUUUACAGCACAGUCAGGUCCAUGUCUUUUGUAGUUUCCUUCAUAUCUUCAGAGUAGUUAUGACUUGUCAGUUUUUCCCUCUUAAACUGGAUUGCCUUUCUCUUUUCCUGACCUGCUAUCAGGUAUCAGUGUUUUGAAAAUAUACUGCUUAUGUAUCAGACUUACAUUAUUGUUAUUAACAUGAAAAGAAUUAUAGCCUUGUGCCCCAUGA